AUGCAGGAUUUAGCAGGGUUGGGAAUCGAGACAGUGCAGCUAGAUGUGACGUCCGCAGCCUCCAUUCAGGAAGCCGUCAGCACAGUCAUUGCCAAGGCGGGCAGGAUAGACAUACUGGUGAACAAUGCGGGGGCGGGCUGUUUUGGUCCCAUGGCUGAGAUGCCUCUGGAUUCAUUCCGCAGCAACAUGGAGACCAACGUGGUUGGCCUGCUGGCCGUUACCCAGGCCGUGGUGCCUCACAUGGUGGAGCAGGGAAGUGGCAAGGUCGUGAACAUAGGGUCUGUCUCAGCAUGGAUCACCACACCCUUUGCUGGCACCUACUGUGCGGCCAAGGCAGCAGUGCACAGCAUCACUCAUGGGCUCCGAAUGGAGUUGAAGCCGUUUGGCAUUCAAGUCAUGCUCGUCGCACCAGGCGCCAUCAGGUCCAACUUUGGUGGCAACUCCUCCUCCUCCGUCUCCCACCUGCGUCUCAAGAUAUUCUCCCGCUUUCAGAAGCAGAUAGAGGCACGGGCGGGGGCGUCUCAAACGCCCCAGUCCACGCCAGGAGAUGUGUUCGCCAGGGCUUUAGUGGAGGGCUCUGAUGGAGGUGAGGGUGGUGGUGAGGGUGGUGGUGAGGGUGGUGGUGAGGGUGGUGGUGAGGGUGGUGGUGAGGGUGGUGGUGAGGGUGGUGGUGAGGGUGGUGGUGAGGGUGGAGGUGAGGGUGGUGGUGAGGGUGGUGGUGAGGGUGGUGGUGAGGGUGGUGGUGAGGGUGGUGGUGAGGGUGGUGGUGAGGGUGGUGGUGAGGGUGGUGGUGAGGGUGGUGGUGAGGGUGGUGGUGAGGGUGGUGGUGAGGGUGGUGGUGAGGGUGGUGGUGAGGGUGGUGGUGAGGGUGGUGGUGAGGGUGGUGGUGAGGGUGGUGGUGAGGGUGGUGGUGAGGGUGGUGGUGAGGGUGGUGGUGAGAAAGCCUUGGUCAAGAAGGUACCAAUAGCUGCCUUACAGCUUCCACUCGCCCUGUUCCACUCUCAUGGCCCUGUUCCCCAUUUCCCUCCUCGUUCCCCCCUUUUCCUUCCCCUCGCCCUCCACCUGAAAUCCUUGGCCAAUAGGGUGCCAAUAGAGUGGGCGUUUGGUCACCUGAAAGCCAUGGCCAAGAGGGUGCCGAUGGAGUGGGCGUUUGGGCAUUUGGUGAGCUCAUUCCGUGUCAUGACAUGUCUCCCUCCCCUUCCUUCCCCUCCCGACUUUUCCCUUUCCCCCCUCACCCUCCUCUUCCUGCUCUCCACCUUCCCAACGCCAGAAAGCCUUGGCCAAGAAGGUGCCAAUAGAGUGGGCGUUUGGACAUCUGAGAAAGACGAACCCUUGAAGGGUGUGGGCGCGGGCGCUGCGGGCAAGGGCGCGGUGGAAAAGGGCGCAGCAGGCAAGGGCGCAACGGGCAAGGGCGCUGCAGGGAAGGGCGGAGCGGGAGCUACCGCAGCGGGUAAGGGCGCGGCGAACAAGGGCGCAGCAGGCAAGGGGGCGCCGGUCAAGGUCGCGGAAGGCAAGGGCGCGCAGGGCAAGGUUGCGGAAGGCAAGGGCACUCCGGGCAAGGUAGCGGAAGGCAAGGGCGCGCCGGGCAAGGUCGCGGAAGUCAAGGGCGCGCCGGGCAAGGUCGCGGAAGGCAAGGCCGCUCCGAGCAAGGCCGCGGAAGGCAAGGGCGCAACGGACGCUGGCGCAGCGGAUAAGGGCGCGGCGAAGAAGGGCGCAGCAGGCAAGAGCGCAACAAACAAGGGCGCGACAGACAAGGGCGCAACGAACGCACAGCACGCCGCGCCGCCUCACAUGGCCGCGCCGCCUCACAUGGCUACGGCUGAGGAUGUGGCGAUCCACACCGUGAAGACGGCAUCGAACAAUCAUCCUGCUGGGUCGAACGCCCAGCGCGCCGCGCGUCCUCAUAUGGCGACGGCUGAGGACGUGGCGAUUCACCCGGGAUCAGAAAAGGCGACGGCGGAAGGCGCAACAGUGGCUCCGAUGCGAGCGGCGGAGGGAGAGGCGCGUCCUCACAUGGCGACAGCUGAGGAUGCGGCGAUCCACACCCUGACGACGGCAUCUGCGAGUCAGAGCGCCGCGAACCAGCCUGCUGCUUCGAUUAUGGGAGCAAGCAAGAAUCCCGUGCGUCCUCACAUGGCGACGGCUGAGGAUGUGGCGAUCCACACCCCGAGCCCUAGCGGCGCUGAGACGGCAUCAGGAAAUCCUGCUGGGACAAACGCACAAUUGCGCCAACACCACGCGCGUCCUCACAUGGCGACAGCUGAGGACGUGGCGAUCAUUCACCCGGGAUCAGUACAGGCGAUGGCAACGGCAGCGCCGAUGGGAGCGAAGGAGGGAGCGGCGCGUCCUCACAUGGCGACGGCUGAGGACGUGGCGAUUAUUCACCCGGGAUCAGCAACGAUGACGGCGGCGGCGGCGGUGGCGCUGAUGCAAGCAGAGGAGGGCGAGGCGUGGAGAAAUGUGGCGGUCGAUAAUGACAGGGAGAACGACAAGGAGAACGACAACGUCAGAGACGGCGACAGGAUGAGUGACAGCGACCGGGACGGCGACAAUGAGAAGGACAAUGUCAAUGAUGCAGUGCAGUGGCAUGGAAGGGAGAGCAGCAGCACGCGCAUGAAUGUUGACAGCAAGGGACAGCGACGGGGCAGGACUCGUGGCUCUGGCAAGGGAGCAUCAUCCCUCUUGUCUCGCUUCAGCAACAGCCGUGGGUGGGAGCCUCGCGGCAAUCACCGCACUGGGCUGGACAAGGCACAGCAGUUUCGCAUGGCGACGAGCAGCGAUGUGGCCAUUCGCGAGGGAGGGAUUCAAGGCGCGAACCGUGGUGUGCACUACGGGAGCAACAAUGGCAACAACGGCUGGGAGCUUGAGGACAAUCAGCGCAACGGGUUCCACAAGGCACAGCAGUUUCGCAUGGCGACGAGCAGCGACGUGGCCAUUCACAGGAGCGGGGUGCAAGGCGCGGACCUUGGUGUGAACCGCAGGAGCUGGCUUGACAUGGCACCAGGGUUCCUCAUGGCAACAGCCAGGGAUGUCGCCAUUCCCACGAGCGGGGUGCAAGGCGCGGACCGUGGUGUGAACUAUGGGAAUGAGCGGUUGGGUGCACAAGCUGAGGGCGGCGAUUGCGAUGGUGACAACAACGGCGGCGGCAUUGACAACGGCGGCGAGAACGCCAACGGAGACGGCGGAGGAGGAGGAGGGCAGAUCGACAUUGGCGCGAUCCUGGAGGUGCACAACGCGGCGCGGCGGGAGGUGGGGGUGCCGGACCUGGCAUGGGACGACGGCGUGGCAGCAGCAGCGCAGGAGUGGGCGGAUCAGCUGGCGGGCGCGGGGUGCCCGCUGCAGCACGGCGGCGCGGAGGGGCUCGGGCAGAACCUGUACUGGCGCGCGCCGGCCGCGCUGACCCCCGAGGAGGAUCGCAUGGCGGUGCAGGCGUGGGUGGAUGAGAAGGCGGAUUGGAGUUAUAGCCCCGUGCCGGAGGGGUGCGCGGAGGGGCGGAUGUGCGGGCAUUACACGCAGGUGGUGUGGGCUGGGACGACCCAUGUGGGGUGUGCGUCGGCUCAGUGCCCUGAUGGGGGUGGCAUGUGGGUGUGUGAUUACUCGCCCCAGGGGAACAUCAUUGGGUCCACUCCGUUCUAG